CGUGACUGUCAGAGCGGAAGGUGGGCGGGGCCAGUAGAAGCCACAGUUCCUGAGACCCCAGACAGCAGGUGAGAACUAGUGGGUGUGUGUGGAUGGAAGCUGGGUGUUGCUAUGGCGACAGUGGCCCUCUCCCUUUAACCCCUUGCGUGCUGUCUCCCGGUGGGGGCCACUGUCCAGUAGCUGUGUGACAGUGUGAGAGUGACUGACAGUGUGCUCCUCUUUCCUCCAGUAUCACUUGUUACUGUGAGAGGGGCAGAGGGAGCCAUGCAGAACGUCAUCAACACCAUGAAGGGCAAGGCCCUGGAGGUGGCAGAGUACCUGACCCCUGUCCUCAAGGUAGGUCUGGGUGGGCUCUAAUAAAGGCUGUAUUACUGGGCACUGCCUCACACACAGGGAUAUAUGUACAGCCAUGUAAGGGUGGUGAUGGGGAACAUUUGGUAAUGCAUCCUUUGUGGACUACGUUUCCCAUAAUGCUCAGCCAGCCAGAUGGAUAGCAUAGUCCACAAACACUGCAGGGCUAAAGUUUAAUAAUUAUACCUAUCGCACAGCGCUGCGGAAUCUGUUGGCGCUUUAUAAAAUAUAAUAAUAUGGACAUCAAAAACGUACGCAAACUAUCCAGACUGUGUUUUCCCUAAUGCUCAGCCAGCCAAAUGGGUAACAUAGCCCACAAAAGCUGCAGGGUCUAAAAGACUAGCUUUCUGCAUUUAUGUAGGAUUUUUCUCAGUUAUUAAAGGAUCACUGUAGUGUCAGGAAAACAAACCCGUUUCAUGACACUAUGUCAUCCUUGGGGGACCCUCACCCUCAGAGGCCCCCUCUCGUGGCGCUGAAGGGGUUAAAACCCCUUCAGCAGCUUACCUUAUUCUGGUGCUGGUGACCUCUCCUCCCCCGCCGAUGUCAGCUCCCGAGUGGAGCGGAAUGCGCAUUCAUGGCAAGAGCCGCGCGUGUAUUCUAACAGUCCAUAGGAAAGCAUUUCUCAAUGCUUUCCUAUGGACGUUCUGCACGCUGGAUGCGAAUUUCGCGUCCAGCGUCUGGGAAGCGCCUCUAGCGGCUGUCAGAAAGACAGCCACUAGAGGUUGGAUUAACCCUGCUAUGUAAACAUAGCAGUUUCUCUGAAACUGCUAUGUUUACUUGUGAAGGGUUAAAAACUGAGGGACCUGGCACCCAGACCACUUAAUUGAGCUGAAGUGGUCUGGGAAAGUGUCCCUUUACAGUUACUUGGAUUCUGUAUCGUUUGUGUACCUUUUUGAUGUACAUAUAAUUGUCUACUCAUAUAUAUAUAUAUAUAUAUCAUCUUAUUACAGAAAAUACAUUUGCUUAAUGUGUAUGAAUGAUUCACUUAAGUUCUACUAUCAAUGUAAAAUUAGAUUGUGAAUGCACAAUUGUUUUACUUUCUUUUCUUCCCAUUCCUAUGUAGUUUGAGAUGAAGCUACAUCUCCUCAUGCUGAGCAUGACGAAAAGUCGCCUAACCACCCUGAAGUCCCUAUUGUGGCUGUCUGAUAGACAGCCACUAGUGGUGGAGUUAACCCUGUAAGGUAAUUAUUGCAGUCUAUCAGUAACUGCAGUAAUUACAAUUGCAGUGAUAAGUGGACUCGGACAAUGCAGCCAGACCACUUCAAUGAGCUGAAGUGGUCUGCGUGCUCAUAGUGUCCCUUUAACUAACAUGGGUGUUUAGUAAAGUGAGAAUUCAAAGAUCAUUUCAGUUAAAGGACCACUAUAGUGCCAGGAAAACAUACUCGUUUUCCUGGCACUGUAGUGCCCUGAGGGUGCCCCCACCCUCAGGGUCCCCCUCCCGCCCGGCUCUGGAAGGGGGAAAGGGUUAAAAACUUACCUUUUUCCAGCGCUGGGCGGAGAACUCUCCUCCUCCGAUCCUCCUCUUCUCCUCCUCCUGGGCUGAAUGCGCACGCGCGGCAAGAGCUGCGCGCGCAUUCAGCCCGUCGCAUAGGAAAGCAUUUAGAAUGCUUUCCUAUGGACGCUUGCGUGCUCUCACUGUGAAAAUCACAGUGAGAAGCACGCAAGCGCCUCUAGUGGCUGUCAAUGAGACAGCCACUAGAGGAUUAGGGGGAAGGCUUAACCCAUUCAUAAACAUAGCAGUUUCUCUGAAACUGCUAUGUUUAUAAAAAAAUGUGUUAACCCUAGAAGGACCUGGCACCCAGACCACUUCAUUAAGCUGAAGUGGUCUGGGUGCCUAGAGUGGUCCUUUAAUUGAAGUAGUCUGGGUGCUAUAAUGUUAAACAUUGCAAUUCCAGAGAACUGCAAUAUUUACAUUGCAGCUCUAAGUCUGCUCUCUGUGGCUGUCUACCAAACAGCCAUUAGAGGGCUCUCGGAAUCGUAAGAGACUUUUGGUCCGUUAUCUGACGCUAGACGUCCACGCUCUACAUGAGGACAUCCAGCGUCAGAUUUUUCCCCAUAGGAGAGCAUUGAAAGUAUGCACGUUAGACCCCGCUCGUUUCGGAACAGAGGAGGGGGCAGAGCUUCAACCCAGCACUGAGGGACAUCGGCGCUGGGAUCAGAUAAGUAAAUAAAGGGUUUUUAACCCUUUAUUUACUGGGUGGGAGGGGGGAGGCAGAGGGAUCGGUAGUGCCAGGAAUACAGCUUUGUAUUCCUGACACUACAGUAUCCCUUUAAGGCCAGAGUAGGCAAACUGAAAGUAUUGUUGACUCCAGUUUAGCUAUUUUGACUUUAAAAUUGAAAUGUCUGCUUAUCUUGACAUGGUAUGUAAAUUACGGUACACGUCACUGUAGUAGACACUAAGGGAGAAUUACAAGUUCUAUGACAGUAUUUUGUUUUUCUCUGUGUUUAUUUUUUUUUUUUAUUAGAUUUAUUUUUUUUCCUCUUUUCUAAGUUAAUUGUUUUGCAUUCCUAGAAUUUAGCAGAUGCCUACUGUCCAAAUAUUAUGUAUGCAGUUACCCACAUAUCUGGUUUUCUUAGGGGUGUAUGUUAAUGCAGGUAUUUAUAAGAAUAUUGUUUUCUUGUAAAAGAAGGUAGCUAGCAGUAAACUAGGGAUCGACCAAUAUAAUUUUUCCAGAGCUGAAACGAUAACGAUUAUUUCCUUUUUGUGGGGGUAAACGAGGAGAUGUAUGGGAGGAGUUUGAUGAACUGGUGUGGGGAGCUAGAUGAGCUGGUGUGCAAGAGUGCUGGGAUUUGAUGAGCUGGUGUGCAAGAGUGCUGGGAUUUGAUGAGCUGGUGUGCAAGAGUGCUGGGAUUUGAUGAGCUGGUGUGCAAGAGUGCUGGGAUUUGAUGAGCUGGUGUGCAAGGGUGCAGGGAUUUGAUGAGCUGGUGUGCAAGGGUGCAGGGAUUUGAUGAGUUGGUGUGCAAGAGAGGGGGACAAGAUGAGCAGGUGUGCAGGAGUGGGGUAGCUAGAUGAACUGGUGUGCAGGAGUGGGGGGAUUCGAUGAGCUGGUGUUCAUGAGUGUGGGGUGUAGAUGAGCUGGUGUGCAGGAGUGGGGGGGGGGGGGGAGGGAGGUUGUAGAGAUGCUGGAGUACGAGAGGGCAGUUAUAGAUGAGCUGGAGGGGAUGGGUGUGGGGUGUAGAUGAGCUGGUGUGCAGGAGUGGGGGGGGGAUGUAGAGAUGCUGGAGUACCGGAGUGGGCAGUUAUAGAUGAGCUGGAGGGGAGGGGUGUGGGGUGUAGAUGAGCUGGUGUGCAAGAGUGGGGGGGUGUACAUGAGCUAGUGUGCUGGUGUGGAUGAGCAGACAGUUGGCUGAAGUUAACAUAUUUAGUCAGCAGCUUUUCCUAGGAAAAAUUUGUUUAUUUUCAAGAACUGGCCAAAUCCCAGAAUAUUGAUGUGUUUAAAGUUUCUCUAUCAUUGUGGAGUACUGAAUACCUGGAUAUAUCACCUAAAAUCUGCAAAUUAAAAUAAAUAAAUGUUCCAAAAUACAUAACCACGGCAUCUGUUGUAUUGUUUAUGGUGCCUUGCAGCCAUCCUGAUAUAAUUUGUCAAAUCAUUUUUAAGGGACCCUACUUGGGUCCCAUGUGAUUCUGCGCCACAUCCAGUUUUCUUCUGUAGGAGAAACAGCAUGUUUUAACAAAUCAAAGUCUCUGAGCACUGGCGGGCCCAAAUUUGAAACCGUUUGACUACUGGGAUGACGCAGAGCACUCCAAGUGCCAUAACCACUACAGCAGGCUUUAGGGUUAUGGUGCUUUAAUUAAUUUAGCUUGGAAAUUUGAUUCCAUUGGGAGAGUAGCUGAGUUGAUAUUUACUCUUAAAAUCUUAGGGUUCUUUAAAAUGUUGCAAUGAGCAUAAAAAAACGCAAAACUGAGAAUGCACAGAAUCAAGGGUUUCAGAAGGCCCAGCUGAACUGACAGUCCAGGACAGGGGUAGGCAGCCUUUUGGUAGUACUGUGCCAAAACAAGAUCUUAAAGUCCCUUAGCGUGCCUGUCCUAUUUUUGUUAAAAUUGAGGUGUGCAUGCUGCCAUAUACUGCUUUUAUUUAUGGGUGUUGCCGUUGCUCUGUAGCAUUGUAUUUGUGCGUUUGUGGACUGUUAUAUAGUAUAUGUUAAUGAGUAAUAUGUAGUAUUUUGUAUGAUACUUGUGAAUGGGAGAUUCUUGUGGAAUUGUGUGUGUGUGUAUCACUUUGUCACAUAAUGUAUUUAGUGAUGUGUGUACGUGUAGGGCUGCUUUUGGGGGUGUGCAUAUACAUUUGUAUGUGGAUUGUCAGUGAUGUUGUGUUUGUGGGGACUGUCUGUUUAUGUGUGGGAUGUUUGUAUUAUUUGUAUGAGGGGAGACUUCUGCAGCUUUGUGUAUAUCUAGCAGUGUAGGUGACUUCUCUUGGGUCCAGUGGGGUCUGUGCUGCCCAGGUGCAGGUCAAGGGCAGAAGCUGUGAUAGCUACUGCGGGCUACUUUACUACAGUGUGGAUUCACGUUCACAAGUGCUUGGAGGAAGUGAUCUGAUGUUGAUUUCCUCUAAUUGCUGCAAUGCCUAAAUUGAGGAUUGUCCCUCACCACCUGCCAUCACCGUUCAGUUUGCACUAGCAGAUAUUUGAAGCACCACUAGGACUCCUGAUACGCCCGAGCCUGUUUAGCUCUGGUAGCCAUGGUGGCUGUGCAUGGCACACGUUCCAUAGGUUGCUGACCCCUGGUUUAGGAGGUGUAUUUGUAGAUAGUGCUUAUCUCAAUAUCUCUCCCAUUGAACUCUGGUGAUUUGCAAGUGACUAAUAAAAAGAUUAGCCAAAAAAUGUAAAGUGAAGGAAGGUGAGAUAGAUUUGAUCUACCUUCUGAAGUUGUUGAACUUUGAACACUAAACUCCAAAUUCUACCGCUUUAAAAUCUAAAUUGCAAAAUUUAGGCAAUUUAAAGCUAAGCUGUGCCUACAGCACGAUAGAAUAAAUUUUACAGUUCGGCUAUUUUAUGCUCUCGAAAAAAAGAUUGCUAGCCUUGCAAUACCCAGGCACAUGAAGCCUUUGCCUUGUGGAGUGUACUUUCAGUUUAAAUAGAAGUAUUUGGAAGUUUUCCCCAUCAACCCUAACAGUACAACCUAUUAGGAGUACUUUACUUCCAUGCUGUUUGUGCAUCUAUGCGCAGUACAGAAGCAGCCUUAGCCAGGACUGACCUUUGGUAGCCAGGAUUGACCUUUGAAGACUGACAGCAGUUUGCUUUGCCAGUGGGGCAUGUGACAUCUGCCUACUGCAUCACUUUAUCUGGCAGAUGUAUUCUAAUCUUUAUUUAAAAUUAAUUGCUGGUCUGUUCAAAGACAGUAACCAUAGACCCAUCACACUAAUUAUUCACACUCAAACCAUAAAAAUUCCAUAUUUAAAUUGUGUGCACUGAUGGUGCACAUCAUGCAUGAUUAAAAAAAAAAACAACUUCCUCCUAUAUUUUGUCAAUAGAUGAAAGUGGUCUGGAAAAUGGACAGCUCCAUUAAAUUUCACAGCAAUGGGGGAACCUAAAGUGCAUGCGCGGCAAGCACUGUGUGCACAUUAGGGCUUCCUCAUGGGAAAGCUUUGAAUCAAUGCUUUCCUAUGGGGAUUUUCAAGACACUGCACUUCCUCAUGCAAAGUUCAAAGCUGUGAAACAUCAGGAAUCGCCUCUCAGCCACUAGUGGUGGAGUUAACCUUGCAAUAUAAUUAUUGCAGUUUUUCAGAAAUAUUUACAUUAAGGGGACAGGGGCACAUCAUUCAAUGAGAUAAAGUAGUCUGGUUUCUUUAGUGUUCCUUUAAGCUGACAGACUAUAGUUUAUGGUUUGAGAAGGCAAUUGGUAUGUCUAACUUUUUUAAGAGCAUGGAAACCAGCAUAACUUCAAAUCACCAUUCCGGUUAAUUGAUAGUGAAGUGGGGUUUUGAGAAUAACUCCUAUUCACUCUCAUAAGAAUGCCUCUUGCUGCAGUUUAUUUUCAGGUUUAGCUAUUUACCCACUUGGCAGCAUUGAGCUGAUAAUUGCCUUUGCUGAAGCAACUAUGCGUUUUUGUGGUUUAGAAGCAUAUGGAUUAGUUGUAGUUGGAGAUACCGCUCCCUACAUAAAUAUUUUUUCAUUCUUCUUCUUAUCGUUGUUGUUAUUAAAAAAAAUAUAAUAAAGUGUAUAUAGCUCAUUUGCAAAAUUAUGUCUUUAAACACAAUGUGGUUUUCCUUUAAUAACGAUCACUCUGUGUUUAUUUAAAUAGGAAUCCAAGUUCAAAGAAACAGGUGUUAUUACCCCAGAAGAGGUAAGUAGAAAAAUGUAACAUUUCCUUAAUCAUAACUUGUGUGUCCUGGCAUGGAUCUAUGAAUGUUGGUAAACUUGGUUAAAUCAGAUGCAUGUGGAUAAUGGAAACCCCUUUUAAAGAAAUAAAUGCUUCACACUUGGUUGUCACCUGUACAUUUUAUUAGAUUGAAAUAUUCAAGUUUAAAGUAAAUGGUUCCAACUUCCAAAUGCAUGUUGGGUACUAGGUGGGGAUGAUACAAUUAUUUCAAUGCUGUUGAAGUUUUCCAUUUUCUCACCCCGAAUGAUUUCCUAUCGUUGCAUUGCAGCAGUCAAACCAAGCAGUUGUCAUAGGUGGCCUAAUAUGCAGAAAGGCAUGUCUCUGCAUAAAAUAUACUUUUCACACAUAACCCUAUAGUAGUCCUUUCAGCUCCUUUCUUCAACGUUAGAAGCUCCUACCUAGACCACUUGGGUAUUGUAAUUCUGUUGCAAAGUAUUUGCCUUUUGCACAGCACGUAUAGCUUUUACAUCGGAACAUUAUACUGCAACAUGUGCAUUGAUGUUUGUGUAGCAAAAUAAUGUGAGUUUUCAUUGGGUUUACAUAAUUAAUGGGAAUUAAUGGAGAAUCAUGUCUCUAUCUAUUGAUUCAUGGUUUCUCACAGAGUCUGGCAUAUAAACCGACAUUAAUUACUGUAUUACAGCUGUGCAGAGGUAUUUCAGAAGGCAUGAUUUCUUUGUGCUUUUAUGUGUGUUAUAUCAUGUAGAGAUUUGUCCCAUUUGAGUGCAGUCGUAAAAACAUGAGGAAUACUGCAGGUGCAUUGCAGCGAUCCAUGCCAUAGUUGCUGUUUCAAGUUGUUUUAAAAGUGAAAAAAAAAUUUUUACAUUUAAAAAAAAAAAAAUUUAUUUUAAUGCGCUUCACAUGUAAAUGUGGUCUUACUACAAACAGGGUCUUUACUCCGAAUUAGAUUUUAAUUCCCGUGUCCACAGUAACUGCUUUGACUGUAUGCACCUAAUGAAUGUAUAGUUGCUUAAUAGUUAGCAAUACAACUGUUUUAUAAUUAGAAGUUUUUAAACUAACAAAUUUAUUUUAAAGAAUUAUUUUUUUAUUUUUUUUAAAACAAAUUCUUUUCUUUCUUUUUGCAAGUGUAAACUUGUUUGGGUAGGGCUUCUCUUCACCUACUUUUCCUGUAUGUUAUACGUGUUUUGUUAGUGUAAAAUGUUUGUCUUGUUUAUCUAUUGUGUAUGUCAUUUAUACAAUAAUGUAAUAAAUACAGUGUGUGUGUGUGUGUGUGUGUGUGUGUGUGUAUAUAAAUUUUUUUUUUUUUUUUGUUCUUCAACAGUUUUUGGUAGCAGGUGACCAUCUAGUCCAUCACUGUCCUACUUGGCAAUGGUGAGUAUAUAUAAUGUUUUAUUUGGAAGACUUACUUUAAUGGAAUAAUGUUAUGAUUACCUUUUAUCUUUGCUGUACUUUUUCACAGUCACUAAUAGCAAAACACUUGAAAUUUCUCUCAUGUUAAAAUCACAAUAUAGAAAGCUUUGUCAGAUUAACAUUGAGUCACCCUAGACAUUUCAGCUUGCCAGAGUGGUUUUAGGGUGAACUGCCUACCCCUAUUGGCUUAUUAUAUGCAAGUGCAGAUUUCAAGAGAAGUCAACACUUUAAAAAAAAAAAGAAAAACCUCUUAGAAAGCAGACAGCCAGGAAGGUUUCCUGCCUCACUCACAUUAAUCUGUAUGUCAAAGUAGAAUGUGAUUUUCAUAGAGAAGAAUUCAACAAUAAUACAUAUUUUAUUUCUUAUGUAAGUGGUGUACUUUUUUUUGUAAUAAAUCUGUGCAGUAACCAUAUUUUGAUAUUUUUGAUAAAUUCUUGCAUUUCCUCUUUUUUUCUGAUGAAGGGGAACAUUUUUGCAAUUCCCUAUCCCUUUGUUGAAUAUAUUUAUUAAAGAACCAACACAAACUAAUUUGUAAACAAAUGUACAGCGGCUUAAAAAUACAUUAAAGAAAGUCAUAUCUGUUAAAUUUUUUGUUAACAUUCACAAAAUGGUGAUCUAAAGUAAGAAAUUAAAAUUUUAUUGUUAAUGUUAAAGAUAAGUGGUCCCGUGGUCAUGGGAGCCCAGCACACUCUUACCUUCCCAGCUCCUCUCUUCAGCUCCCCUGUCUAACUCUCGCGAGUCCCGCGGCCGUCAGAGCGUUGCCAUUGGUUACCAUGGCAACGCUCCACGCGGCACACAGGCCGCGAGAGUUGGACAAGGGAGCUGCUGGGAAGGUAAGAGUGUGCUGGGCCAUCUCUGCACAGUCCAUGCCACCGGACCACCAGGGAAUGCCAUAUCCUCCCUCCCUGGCUAGGUAAGAAGCAUGGAGGGGGACUAAAACAAAAUUUUAAGAUUUGUUUUGUAUUUAUACAAAAAAUAAAAAUUCUCCUCCCCUCCCCCCAUUUUACACACUUAACAUACCUACACAAAUACUCACUGCACAAACACAACUACCCAAACACAUUGCAUUUACUACAUACACACUGCAUUUUACUAUACACACACUACACAAACACACUGCAUUUACUAUACACACACUACACAAACACACACACACUGCAUUCACUAUACACACACACACUGCAUUCACUAUACACACACACACUGCAUUCACUAUACACACACACUCUGCAUUCACUAUACACACACUACACAAACAUACUGCAUUCAUUACAUACACACACUGCAUUCCCUAUACACACAAACACACUGCAUUUACUAUACACACACUACACAAACACACACACUACACAAACACACACUCUGCAUUCACUAUACACACACUACACAAACACACUGCAUUCAUUACAUACACACUGCAUUCCCUAUACACACAAACACACUGCAUUCACUAUACACACACUACACAAACACACACUUUGCAUUCGUUAUAUACGCACUACACACACUUCAUUCACUAUACACACACUCUGCAUCCACUACACAAACACACGCACACUGCAUUGACUAAUCAAAUACUCUCACUGCAUUCACUACACACACAUAUAUUCUUGAAAAAAAAAAAAAUCUGACUGGCAUAUAUAUAUUGUGUUUAUUUAUCUUAAUAACAAAAAGAUUUGCAAAUAAAUAAAUAAACAUAUUUAGUUAACAGUCAAUUUGUGUACAAUAGUUUUUUUUGUUUUUUUUUAAAUGGUAUAUAUACUGAAUAUUGCUAUUGGCCUGAAAGUUCACAGCUUAUAGGUAUCGGCUCUAAAAUAAAAUCAGUAUUGGUCGAUCCAUAAAAGAAGCCUAUGGUAUGACCCCCAUAUUAGUAUAAGGGUGGUUUAUUACCAUCCUUAUGUCCCCACUUAUCAUGCUGUGCAUGGUACAUUUUACUAAACAAACUAUUGCUAGGCAAGUCUUGUGAAAAGUGACACUAUUUUGUUUUCUAUGACCUGGCUUUCAAAGCUUGGGGAGGCAUUUCUAGGGUCUUUUCCUACCUUGAAAGCUCAUUAUGCGUGGAUUCCUCUUCUGGUGAAGAUGUAUGUAGUUGUACAUGUGAAAUAAAAUUUGUAUUCUUUGGAAUUCAGUUAGCGCAGACACCUUUUUGUAUUUGACUAUCUAUCUACCCUGGUCUAGAACCCGGUUAUAUACAGAAUUAAAGCUUGUAUGUAAGAAUUGUGGCAAAUAUUGAUUAAAUUAGAUAUAGGUAGUUAUAGAUAUUAAUGCUUUUGAUCAAAAGUUGGAGACCGCAGUAGAAAGUCAUUGUACAAAGAGCCGCAGGGCUGAAACAAGUUUAUUCUUGACAUCGAGAUAGUAAAUGUUUUUUCUUUUACUAUGGCAUGCUGAGCUCUGAAUAACUGUACAUUGAUGCUAUGGUUUGCUAAGAGCUUAUGCACUUAAAAAUUUAUGUGAACUAUGCUUCUGUCUCUAUCAGAUGGAAUGAACAAGCUGUCAGGCAUUAAAUAAUUCAUUAAGAAAAUAUUUCUCCAACACAAAAGUGAUUUGAAAUUGUUUCCCCAAAUGUCAGUUAAUUACUUUAUAUUUUGAGCCAUAUAUAUUAGAUUAAACAUUGAGGCAUGUGGAUAAUACAGUUAUUAACUACAGAGUGAACUGUCCGGAAUUAAAAGUGAACUUUCAAAUUUUAAGCCAAAAUAAAUAAAAUAGUGAAUAACCGUGAUGAUCAGUUUAUUUUUAUGUCUUUAUGACUUAUGACUUUUAGCAAAAGUUACUAUAACUCUUAUUUUUUUUAUUUCAGGGCAUCUGGGGAAGAAACUAAAAUAAAACCUUACCUACCACAUGGAAAACAGUUUCUUUUGACAAGAAAUGGUAAGCCACUUUUAUUUCGAAGUCACUUGUGAAAAUAUUUGUGUUGGAUUCAAAAUCAACUGUAAAAUAUGGGUUUGUUUGAAAAUAUACUCCGAUGUUUUCAACACAGCAAGUUGCUUGAGUUCACUGUUGGCUUGCAUGACACCUCACAUCUCAGAGGGACGUUUAGAUCACUGAAUAUUUUUAGAAGUCACCAGGAGAAAGGAGAUCCAUAGACUCUGUAACUUAUAAAAGAUUGCUCUUCAACAUGUUGGCAAGUCAGACCUGUACAAAUAUCAAAAUUAUUUACUUAUUAUUCUUUUUAUACAACACUAAAACUAUUGCAUUGUUUGACCACUGUCUGUUAUAAAUAAAGCACACCUUCACUGAGCUUGUGAAGAGAUUUAUUAUGGAUUGAUUAUUUUAAUUUACUACCUAUAGUGUUAGGAAUACAAACACUUUCCUUAUUCCAGCACUAAUGUCCCUCGGCGCUGGAUCAGUCUCCUCCACUGCUGACAUAACGGCAAUCCGGAAAAACUAAUGUGCAUACGCUGCCCACACAUUAGGCCUUCUCCAUAGGAAAGCAUUGAAUUAAUGCUUUCUGAUGGGAUUUUUGAAGACGCUGGGUGUCCUCAUGCAAAGCGUGAGACUGUGCAGCGUCAUUUCUCUAAAACUGCAAUGAUUCACACUGUAGGGUUAAGGGGACAAGGACACUGCACCUUAACCACUUCAAUGAGAUGAAGUUGUCCAGGUACCUAUAGCGUUCAUUUAAUAUGAAAAGAGAAAGGGGUCAGUAAGCAUGUGUAGGAACUCUUUGUUUAACCUUUGCUCGGGCCUCUUUGUCAGGGAAGGUGUUGGUGUUUAGUUGUGCACACUCCUUCUUGCCCACUCUUUGGGCAGUGUAGCACCCUUUAAAGUGAACAGCCUUGCAUGCAGCUGACAAUGAAAAUCAUUUAUCUGUAACUCCGUUUUGUAUAGGGUCUUUUUAUUUAGGGUCUUUUGUCAAGCCUGUGUUGUAAGUGCAGUUGUAACUUAGGGCAUUAAUUAAAAACAUAAUUCAGGUGAAUAGUUAAGUGAAUUACAACUUGUAUAAGGGAUUUUAAAAUUUGGAUUUAAAAAAAAAAUAAUUUUUUUUUUCAAAAUCUUUUUACGAAGAAGUAAAUUUCUAUACAGUGUUAUUCACAUGCAGCUAGUAUAAUCAACACAUUGUGCGGUUUUAUUUGGUAAAAGAUAUACGUCAAAAACAGACCAAAGGGGGGAAAAAAAUCUAAUAAAAAGUAAGCCAAAAAUACAAAUUUAUAGGUGGUACAUGGUCCCAGGCAGAUUGCAUAAAAUUUCAUCUAUUUAUCCUAAUGAUGUCUGGAGAUGCGGUUAGGAACUGGGAUCCAUGUACCAUGUUUGGUGGGAGUGUAUAGGCUUGACGAACAUUAAAACUCAAUUACUUAUCCUUAUAAGCUCCCUUUAAUGUUUCUCUUUAACAUGGAAUUUCCAUCUCAAGAUAGGUGUCAAAAUUAUCUAUUAACCCAUAUAUUGUUUGCAGUUAAAAUUAUGUAUAGCAAGGGCAUGGCAAAGUACUACUCCCAUCAAAUGGAAGGAGAUUAUGGAACAAAUAGAAUUCCAAUACAGAAUGGAACAUAAUUUUGUUUCUAAUACAGGUUUGUGGAUAUCUUAUGAUAAUAUGUGGUUACCCUGGAAAAUAUAUAUAGAGAUAAUUAUCAUGACUCGACUGGUGUUUAAACUGGCCUCAUGUCGACUCUCAACUUUGGUAAAUUAUUUUUUUUUAUUUUUUUAACUUUUUUUUUUUUCCGUGUGUCUAUUUUUGUUCUUGUCUGUAUAUGGGUAGAGCGGUAAUGAGAAGGAGUAAGAAGGUACGAGAUUACUGGGAAUAUUCAUACAAGAGAUCUUGAUGCUCCUAAUGUUUCCCCUCCUGUCUCGCUAUUAAUGUUUAGAUAUACAAUUCUCUACACUCGUAUUAUUUGCUUUUUUUUUUUUUUUAUCUACUGUAAUUUUAUCUAAAAUCUGAGAAUAUGUAUAUACAUUUUACCCUAACCAAAUUUAUAUACUGUAUGUUCUGGCGUAUAAGAUGACUUUUUAACCCUGGAAAAUCUUCUCUAAAGUCGGGGGUCGUCUUAUACGCCGGGUAUAGGGUCUUUAUGGCUGCCGGGGGUGCCCUGCGCCCCCAUCGCCGGCCCUUCUAAUGCUGCAGCCGCCUGAGCGCUAUAUAGAGAGCGCUCAGACAGCUGCCGCACUGCCUCUCUUCUCACCUCCCCUUCCCUGUGCAGAGUGGGUGGCCGAGCUCCUCUUCGUCCUGUCAGUCCGGCCGGGUACCGCGCGGUACAAGAGAUUCAGUUACCUGUUCCCGGCCGGACUAAAAGGAAGUGCACACUAAGUGCUCACUUCCUUUCAGUCCGGCCGGGAACAGGUAACUGAAUUUCCUGUACCGCGCAGUACCCGGCCGGACUGACAGGACGAAGAGGAGCUCGGCCACCCACUCUGCACAGGGAAGGGGAGGUGAGAAGAAUGUAGGGAGAAUUUGGGGGGAGGAGGGGAGAGUAAAAAGAAUGGGGGGGGGGAGUAAAAAAAAAAUUAGCCUCCUGUGUGCUAGACCAGCAGGCAUGGAUUAUAUGCCCAAACAGCCUGGCACAUACCUGGACUUCAAAUGCCAUUUCAGAUUCUCAUUAUUUAAUGUCUUGCUGUGUAGCUCUGUCUGCUCACUGUACAUCAUGGCUAAUUUUUAUUUGGUGUGCAUUGGAAGAGGGGUAGUCUUAUACGGCGAGUAUAUCCCAAACUCUAUAUUUUAACUGGAAAAGUUGGGGGUCGUCUUAUACGCCCAGUCGUCUUAUACGCCGGAAAAUACGGUAUUGUAUAUGCUCUGUAAGAAUAUCUAUUGUCUUUGUAUAAAAUGAAAACAUAAUGUUUAAUUAAAUACAUAUAAAAAAAAUACAAAUCUAAUAACGGCAGUUAUCCAUUCAGUGAUCUAGACUUUAAUUGUGUUCAGCACCAAUCAAAUGCAGUUAGGUGUCCUAAUAUUUAUUUGAAUAAUGGGUUUAAUCUUUCUAAUAUUCAAAAUUUAUCAGAAAGAAGAGAGCAACUGCCACAUUAACUGUAAAUUUCUAUAAAAUUAUACGACAUUGCAAAAUACCUUGGCAACCCAAUUAACGCCUUUAUUGUUUAAUCAAGCAGUUUAAAUUGAAUUGUCCUUUCUUAGUGUAAUUAGAGUGUUGCAUCAUUCUGUGAAUCGAAGAAAUUAUUAAAUCCCGAUCUCAUUAAAAGGUUAUAAUACCAAUCCAUAAACUAGAUUAGAAGUAUUAUAUGCAUAAUUUAAAUAUGUAUCAUUUACUUAAGAGGAUAAUUCAUCACAUCUCCGUCCUCAAAUCUUCUAAUUCUUUUGUAUAGUUGAGUCUACCCAUUAAUCAGUAAUCAAAUCCAUCUUUAUGCUACAUCUAUGCCCUUUCCACAGAGAAGCAAGAACUCUAAAUUAUCUGGGGUGCUGACACAAUAGUUUCAAGUUAUGCUAUGGAAGAAUAAAAUGCUGCUGCUGCUGGCUGGGUACUGUUUUGUCUAACAUCAUUGUUUUUGUGUGUUCUUUUUUUUUUUUCUUAUUGUAAUGUUUAGGCAUGAAACAUUUAACUAGCUUUGUAUAUGUCAGUAGUUAUUACUAUACAUGUUUAUGAUCAACUCUUUUCUCAGUACCUUGCUACAAAAGAUGCAAACAGAUGGAAUAUUCAGACGAACUAGAAGCAAUUAUAGAAGAGGAUGAUGGAGAUGGAGGAUGGGUAGACACCUUUCACCAUUCAGGUUUGUUUCGAUACUCUCCAGUCUUUUUCUAGUCCUUUGCUGUCGAGUGUUUUAUUUUAUUGGCAUUGUAAGCAUGCUGCUGCUACUUUAGUUUGCACAUAUAAAAAUAACUUUCAUUACGUUUGUAAGUAUGUCAAGAACUAUUUUCAUGUUUUUGCAAUGCCAUCAUGCCAGAAGGUAUCUGAAGGGAAAAAAAAAAAUAUAUAUAUAUAAAUAUAUAAAUAUAUAUAUAUAUGUAUAUGUAAUAAGCAUGUAACAACAUGCUGCACUUUUUUUUGUGUGUGUGUAACAAACUGGUCAGAAUUAAAAAAAGUUUUGGAUGCUUAGUGCCAGAAGUGAUAAACAAGUAUACUGGACAAUAAAAGAUUAAGUGGCAUAUUAGAAAUGCUGCAUAACGCACUACAUGGCCAAAAGAGAAAAGAAGAACCUCCGGUACUGCACUCUCCUGCUCAGGGCAUCACAGCCGGAGACCAAAAUGAAAAUCAAUUUAACAAAAAUGAUCAGACUUCGAAAAUAAGGUGAUUACAUAUAUUGCUGUGUAAGAGAUUAACAGGGACAAGCGUUGCCAACUAGCAAACAGGAGCCACUGAAGGUAAACAGGCCAUCAUCCCAUGUAGACAAGUCCAUUGUCAGCCGAUUCCCUGGCUUGGGGCCUUGGGGGUGCAGCUGCAAGAUGUAGAAUCAGCCAGCUCCACUGAGCCAUUUUUUUAAAUUUUUUUUUUUUUUUGCUUCUUUGAAUAUUUUUUUGCUUUAGAUUGGUUGAGAUCACAGAGUGCAUCUUUUGUAAGUUUUUGAAUACUUGUGUCUUCUCUGUAUACUUAACUUCUUGUACUAUUUUUCAUUAUGUGUUAUUAGGUGUAACUGGUGUCACAGAAGCAGUCAAAGAGAUCACACUUGAGACACAGGUAAUCUCAGUUUAAUGAAUAACAUAUUUUGUAUUUACAGUAAUGCAUGUGAUACUCUUAUUACACAUGCACAUUUCUUUAUUAUUCUUCUCUGCUCUUCUGUAGACUGCACAGUCAUAUAUUGUAGCUUAUAGCUUAAAGGACCACUCAAUGAAGUGGUCUGGGUGCCAGGUCCCUCUAGGGUUAACCCUGCCUGCUGUAAACAUAGCAGUUUCAGAGAAACUGUUAUGUUUACAUAUGGGUUAAUCCAGCCUCUAGUGGCUGUCUCAUUGAUAGCCGCUAGAGGCGCUUCCGCGCUUCUCACUGUGAUUUUAACAGCGAGAAGACGCCAGCGUCCAUAGGAAAGCAUUGAGAAUGCUUUCCUAUGGACUGACUGAAUGUGUGUGCGCGCGCGCAUUCAGCCGAUGACAUCCAAAGGAGGAGGAGAGGCCCCGGCGCUGGAGAAAGGUAAGUGUUUAACCGCUUCCUCCAACUUCAGCCCGGCGGGAUGGGGGCCAUGAGGGUGGGGGCACCCUCAGGGCACUAUAGUGCCAGGAAAACGAGUUUGUUUUCCUGGCACUAUAGUGGUCCUUUAAUGCUGAGAGUUGAGUGUUUCAUGCUAAAAUAUUAACGUAAACAAUGAGAGCUGACCUUUCUACUUAAUUAUAUUGCCUUACUUAUAAUGUGCCAUAUUUGUAAACCAGUUGCACUUUAAGAGUUCAAGGAAUAGGAUAUUUCUGUUCCCUUUACCAUACCACCAUAACCUUGUUGAAAAUACAUUCUUUAAAAAAAUAAAAUAUGGAUUAUACCUUGACAAACUAGGAUUGUGGGAAAUCUGAGAAAACUGCAGCCUUUGAUGAUGAUGAGGAUGAAGAUGGUGAAGCAGCAGAUAUGGAAGGUGAGGGGUUUUCUUUUGUUUUACUGUAUUCUCCUACAUGAAAAUUAUUUUAAGCCGCUGCUUCUUGGUCCGCCCACGCUCCUCCCCGUCCUCACGUCAUCCGGCGGAGGAGACGGAUCCCGCCCGUCGGCGGGGGAGACCUGUGUGCAUUAGACCUCUCCGUAUGAAAGCAUUGGGGAUUUUAGCGACGCUGGAGGUCCUCACAUAGCGUGAGGACGUCCAGCGACGCCAUAGCACAGAAAACCUGUGCUAUGAAUCCGGAAGUGCCCUCUAGUGGCUGUCUAGUAGACUGCCACUAGAGGAGGAGUUAACCCUGCAAGGUAAUUAUUGCAGUUUAUAACAACUGCAAUAAUUACAGUUGCAGGGUUAUGGGUAGUGGGAAUUGGCACCCAGACCACUCCAAUGGGCAGAAGUGGUCUGGGUGCCUGGAGUGUCCCUUUAAGAAAGUAUGCUAUAGUUCCACCCCAGGUAACAUGAAGAGAUUUCUGCACCAACAUACAGUAUUGCCUUCAAGAAAAUUUAACUAAAACAGUAAUAACAUGGGAAAGAAAAGAAACUGCUAAGAACCAGGCAUAAAGCAUGGUAAUAUAUGAUUUGGAGCCCAUCACACCAAUCAGCUGACUCCCAUCAUGGGCGUAACACAUUCCCUAAAAAUUGUGCAGUUGUGCAGGCUCGACAACUUCGAUUUUCUGUGCUUCUUGCCGACACUGGCUUGUCUACCACCUACCAUAGGGCAUGCCGAUGUGGCCUUCACCAUCUUAGACGCACAAGGCACGCCAAGUCAGUGAGGGGAGUAGAUGGUCGGUAUUGGAAGUGUAGCAGGGAACGUAGCGGUGCCUGGGUCAUUAGUGAAAAAUAUCAUCCAGGUAGCAGCAGAUGACUGCGGAAAAUACUCCCAGACCGAUCAAUUGAUUCAGGGUUCAAUAAGAAAUCUGUUAGUCCCAGAUAGAGGAAUCACUUUACUUUAUUCGGAAAUGCUUGAGGAGCUGUCAAGAAAUGUGUCCGGUCGACAUUACAGUCAAGCCCUGCCCCUUAUUUUAGCAGUUUAACAACAACAACAGACAAAACAGGGAUUCCUGGAGCAUGCAGACCAGUCUAUUGGCUGCUCCAAGAUAAUAGUAAUUGUGCUCAUGAAUUAUCCAUAGACACCUGUUCAAAUUUGGACUACAUCACAAAAUGUUUGAAGGGUUAAGUAGGAAUUGGCUGUGCUGAAUCUCUGUUAACCCUUCAGCACCAAUGAAUUGACAUGUUAGCCCUAGUUACUGUUGGUUUUGUUUUUUAGCUUAUGAAGAAAGCGGGUUGCUAGAAAAUGAUGAGGUAAGAUAUAUCCUAUACCUAUUUUUUUCUGUUCAAUUUUUUUUUUUUUUUCUUAUUCUUAUGUUGUGGCAUCGUAUACAUGUGUUGCGCAAAAGACAAGAUUUUCCACAUCAUUUUGUGAUGUAUAGUGACAUGAAACCAUGUAGUGUGUGUGUGUGUAUGUGUAUAUGUGUGUGUGUGUGUGUAUAUGUGUGUGUGUGUGUGUGUGUGUAUAUAUAUAUAUAUAUAUCACAUUGAAGAGAUGGUUUAGUUGGUAGGGGCAUUAAAAAAAACAAAGAAAAGCAAUAAGAAAAAUAAUACAAGUACUCAGAAGACAUCGCACGCCUGACCGUUCAUCUACAGACACUCGAAGACUCACACUUACAGGCCGCUUACUCUGUCAUCUCCAGCUCAAAGGCAGCUUGUGAUUUUUAGUAGGAGUGAGAGAUACUUGCGUUCCGUGCUUAGCUGGAACAUAAAUAUUCAUACCAGCAUUAAGGGCCCACAUCAAGCCAGGCAAUACUCCCCUAUAAAGAGACUGCAUGUCCAAUAAUGCUUCUAAUCAGGACUCUUGUUCAAGCUCUCUUUAAUCACACUCCCUCCCAGUGCUCUUUCAGCUUCCAACACAUUAAUUUUCACUCAUAUGGCCUGCAACCACUUAAAAUUCCAUUCUUGCUUAAUAGAGAACAAUAAUAAAAAUAUAAAAACUAAAGACAUAAAGGUUAUAAAACAUUAGUGUGUCGUUUUAGACCCUCGCGCAACGGGUCAAAAGUGCCUUUAUGAAGACUAUUUGGCUUCAGCUUCCAAACUGAAGGUCCAAAAAGGAAAUGAAAAGAAAAAAGGUCAUUCAGGAUGAACUUUGAAUUCAGAUGAGCUUAACCCCUUAAGGACACAUGCCAUGUGUGACGUCAUGAUUCCCUUUUAUUCCAGAAGUUUGGUCCUUAAGGGGUUAAAGGGGCACUCCAGGCACCCAGAUCACUUCUGCCCAUUGGAGUGGUCUGGGUGCCAACUCCCACUACCCUUAACCCUGCAAGUGUAAUUAUUGCAGUUUUCAUAAACUGCAAUAUUUACCUUGCAGGGUUAACUCCUCCUCUAGUGGCUGUCUACUAGAGGGCACUUCCAUGUUUAUAGCACAUGAAAAGUGUGCUAUAAUGUUGGUGGACGUCCUCACGCUAUGUGAGGACCUCCAGUGUUGCUGAAAUCCCCAUAGGAAAGCAUUGAAAGCAUUUUUCAAUGCUUUCCUAUGAGGAAGUCUAAUGCGCGUGCACAGACUUACUGUGGCUGUCAAAUCCCAGACUACUUAAUGCAGCUCCAUGAGAUGGUUUUUGCAAGGCAGGAGCUCAACAAUCAGGAAGUAACCAGACAGAUUGUCUGAUUGUGUAAUAAUAAGGUAAUUUUAUAAAAGUGCCAACUUCUAUUGAAAUUUUAACUUUCUUGUAAAAUGAAAGAAAAAUUAGACAUCCCCUUUACACAUAAAGCACUUCAUUCUUUAGGUGUGUGGAGUGUCCCUUUAAUAUAGCAGUUUUGGUGUGAAGAUCAUGCCCCUGCACUUUAAUCACAUACAUGUUGAUAUGUGAGCUGUAGCAGGCAAUUAACAGAGCAGGAAAUAGGAAAUUAUAAAUCAAGCAGUAAUAAAAGCUAAAAAAUUAUGUUGGCUCAGUUGUGUGUGGGCGCGCGCGCUCGCACCAGCCACCGUAAGGGAUUGUAUUGCUAGGACCGUAUAAGCAAAAUUAUUUAAUUCCUAAAUGACAAAAAUUGAGCAGUGAGAUUUAAGGGGUAUACCAGUGGUUCCUCAAACCAGUCCUCAUGCAUCCCCCUAUGUGUCCAGAAUUUAGGGAUUACCCAGUUUGGUACAAAAAAAAAAAACACCUUAGACACAACUUACCUUGAUCCUUACUGGUAGGUGGGGGGGGAGGGGGGGAGAGGAUGUGAGAAUUGGUUUAGGAACCACUGGUGUAUACAUUCAAGGGACAAUAUAGUCACCAAAACAACUAUAGCUUAAUGAAGCAGUUUUGGUGUAUAGACCACGCCCCUGCAAUCUCACUGCUCAAUUCUUUGUCAUUUAGAAGUUAAAUCACUUUGUUUAUGCAGCCAAGCCACAACCUUCUGCAUGUGACUUACACAGCCUUCCUAAACACUUCCUGUAAAGAGUCAUCUAAUGAUUACACUUCCUUUAUUUAAUUUAGAAUUUCUUAUCUCUUGCUCUGUUAAUAGCAGUCUCGAACCUGCAGGAGCUUCCUGCAUGUAAUUGAAGUUCAGUUUACAGAGCAGGAGAUACAAUUAAGAACUACUUAACAUCUGAUUGAAUAUGAAACUUUUUUUUUCUCCUUCAUGCAGGCUGUCUGAGUCACAGCUAAGGGAGCUGUGGCUAGAGUUGCAUGGACAGAGACAAAAUUGAUUUAACUUCUAAAUGGCAGAGAAUUACGCAGUGAUAUUUCAGGGACAGGAUCUAGACACAGAAACUGAUUAAGUUAAAUUUGUGUUGGUGACUAUAGUGUCCCUUUAAAACCAUUUGAUUAUGGUAAAGUUGUGUUGGUGCUAAGAGUGCCCCUUUAACUAUGCAGUAAUGAAGAUAAAAUAGCUGGUUUGGAAAAAAACACUCUGCUAUUGAGCCUCCAUUUUGUAAUUUGGAUUCAAUUGCUAAAAUUCAGUGUUUUGUGAAUAAACUUGAAUGUGUAUAUUUAACAUACUUUUAACUGAUUGGUAUUAAACAUCUGUUAGAUACAGUAAAAUGUUAAUUGCAAUGUGGAUGUUAUUUAUAUUUACAAUUAAAAACUCACAACAAAAGGAAUCUUUGCUCAAAUUCUUUAUUUUAAUGUAGGCAACUGUGGACACCAGCAAAAUUGUGGAAGCCAACAAGCCAAAAUCUGAAGUUGUGGGUGAAGAUUCAAUAUUACAGACUAGAACUUAUGAUCUUUAUAUUACAUAUGACAAGUAUUAUCAAACUCCAAGACUCUGGUUAUUUGGUUAUGACGAGGUAUGUUUUGUAUUAAACCCAUAGUAGAGCCAAAUUGUUUCUGAAAUCAAUAUAUUUAUGAUCAAAAUUUUCACGAGCCACUGGAGAGUGAAGAUUUUAGCCCUGGCAAGUAGAAACUUACCUCAAAAACAAUAACAGAUUAAGUGAAUAAAUCCCUAAAAUGAAACUUACCUCAGUUGAGAGUGUGAGCUGACCGUUUUAAGCCUAUCAAAACACACAUUGCUGGUAUGAAUUGGUAUGACUAAUGAAGAGUGUAAUCUCUGCUUUACCUAUACCUCCAGUGUGAUUCUCAUUCAAAAUUAAAUUGUUCUAAAAUGGUUUAACACUAAAUUGAGAAAUAGCACCAGUGGACCCUAUACAUUACAACCAAUUCAGUGAUAUUAAAUUAAUUAAGGAUGAUACUUAAAUUACUUCCCAUCAAAGGGUCAACACUUUCCCAUCCUGACAAUAAAGAUUUAACCGAUGAUUUAGAUUAGGUUCAGUCACUGUGGCCCCUAGUAUUUUGUUAAGUAUGUUGGAUAUGUUAUGUAGGGAAUACUGGUUUAUUUUUAUGGUGUUUGAAUAAUGCUUUUUAUUAUGAUUUACAGCAACGCCAACCUUUAACAGUAGAACACAUGUAUGAAGACAUUAGCCAAGAUCACGUAAAGAAAACAGUGACAAUUGAAAACCAUCCCAACCUUCCACCACCAGCUAUGUGUUCUGUCCAUCCUUGCAGGUAUCCCCUUUCUUACAUUCUCAAGUUGUUUUGUAUGUGCUUCACAUAGCAGCAUAGAUACAAUAAAAAAAACUGUGCUUGUUUGUACGGUAUCGCUGCUAACAUCCUCUAGCUAUCAAAGAACUACUUGAAAGUGGUUUUUAGGUACACAUUUUCAGUUUUCCUUUUUUUUUUUUUUAUCUUCAUCUUUCUCAUCUGUGUGUUGUCAACUUACUACUGUAUAAAACACUUGUAAGAUUAAGUAGGUCUUGCAUGAGGUACAUAAAUGUGUAUAAAUUAAUCAAUAUUGUCUUCACCACAACCCCACUGUUAGACAUGCAGAAGUCAUGAAGAAAAUAAUCGAGACAGUUGCAGAAGGAGGAGGAGAGUUGGGAGUUCACAUGUAUCCUUUUUAACUUUUUCUAUUAUGUUUCAUUUUAUGUGCAUUUCUUACAGAAGUUCUGAAUAGACCGUGAGUGUAUAAACUAAAGCUCGUAGAACCUUCUUGCCCUUUGCUUUGUUUAAAUGGCUGUAACUUGACAAAUUACAUCAGGACUCAUGCCAAGAUUUUCUCUAAGAUAAUCUUGUUUCUCCUAUGGCUGUCAGUUGGAAUGAUCAUGAUGAUACUUGCAGCAGUUGUAAAAUCUUUCCGAAGAGUUUUAAGAGAGCCCACACAUGUCACUGUUGAGCUGUAAAACAUGCAUGUGCUACACGUGUUCAUGUAUAGAUUUAGAGGGAAAUUGUACGAACACUCUGUUGUUACAGACUGGGUGUCUGUGUCAUUUGUUGUUUUUUUGAUUUUGUUUUUUUUUCUUUGUUUUUAUUUUAAGAUACACUAAACCAUGUUUGUAUACCUAAUGGUAUAGUGUAAGGUUAAAUUGUUUGUUUUUGGUUUGUUUCAGCUUACAUGUCUUCUGGUUUUUCCUUAAUUUGAUAUCUUCAGGUACCUUCUUAUUUUUUUAAAAUUUGUACAAGCGGUCAUUCCAACAAUAGAAUAUGACUACACAAGGAAUUUUACAAUGAACUGAAAUCGCAACAUAUAAAUCCUAUAAAACAUCCUGACAUUUUAAAGACUGUCACAUAAACAUGUCUUCUUGGUUUUCUCAUAUAUACAAAUAUGCAAACGUUUCUGUAAUGUAUUAUAAGCUUCUUUGAUUAAAUUUCUGCAUUUAAAUGAUU